AUGAUAUCACCUUGGCUCUUGACUGGAGAUUUCAACAAAAUCAAGGAAGAUUCAGAAAAGAAAGGAGGGAGCCCCAUUGACCAAAGAGCCUACAGAUCCUUUAAUUCUUGGAUAAAUAGAUGUGGAUUAAUAGAUCUGGAGUUUGUUGGGUCCAGAUUCACGUGGAGAAGUCCCAUUUGGAAUGGAUUUGAUAGAGUUUUCAAAAGGCUUGAUAGAGCUCUCUCAAAUUCACCAUGGAGAACUAAAUUUCAUGAAGCUUUGGUUAAGAUCCUACCAAGAACAAACUUUGACUAUCACCCAUUCUCAAUAACUGAUGAAGGGAAUUCCACUAACAAAGACAGAAGGCCUUUUAGAUUUGAAAUGAUGUGGACUAUGCAGCUAGACUUCAAACCCUUAGUGGAGCAUAAUUGGAAAGCAGAAGAAAGGCUACCGAAGAACGUCAACAAUCUUAAAGAAAAGCUUGUCAAGUGA